AUGCACUGGGGCUCCUGGACGGACUUCAGCAGCAAGACGGCAGAGGUAGAGCAGAAGAAACGGACCUUCCGCAACUUCACCUACCGCGGCGUGGACCUGGACCAGCUACCGGACACGUCCCCCGAGCAGCUGAUGCAACUGUGCAGGGCGCGCCGGCGGCGGCUGAGCCCGGGCCUGGGGCGGAAGCAGCCCUCGCCGCUGAAGCGCCUGCGCAAGGCCUAGACUGGGGCUCCGCCCAUGGAGAAGCCGGAAGGGGCGAGGACGCACCUGCGGGACACGCUUAUCCUGCCCGCGAUGGUAGGUAGCACGGUGGGCAUCUACAACGGCAAGACUUUCAACCAGGUGGAGAUGGCCGGGCGCGGCGGCUCAGGCCUGUAAUUCCAGCACUUUGGGAGGCCAAGACGGGAGGAUCACCUGAGGU